ACAUGGAGGAUAGAACCUGGAAACAGACCUGUAGAACAUGGAGGAUAGAACCUGGACAUGGACCUGUAGAACCUGGAGGAUAGAACCUUAGGGUCAGUACUGUUGGGCUCAGCUCCUUACCAUCCUCUUAUCAGAGGGGUGUUUCUUGAGAUCAGUAGUUUCAGCCAGCAGGGGGAGCUGUAGGCUAAGAAAAUGGCUGCUGUGACCUCAGAGCAGCAUUAUCCGUGUUGCCAUGGUUACCGGGACAGAAAGAGGAAGAAGAGAAGGAGGAAGGAAGUGAGGCGGCUGGUUGAAACGAAGCCUCUGAGGCGCAGAGAGGAGGAUCAGACUGUCUAUGCCGUCCACCUGUGCUUCUGUCCACCUUCAGCUGUCUCCAGGAUGUCCUCCCGGUCCGACACCAAGUCCCCCUCACAGAUCACAUUUCUUACCAUGAAGCUGAAGGAUAAACUCCAUCCGCCAUGGCACAGACGAACCUCUGAAACUUUGAAACCACCGGACCUGAAUCUGAACCAGAACCAGAACCAGAACCAGAACCAGUCGGCCGGCAUCUUGGUGGACCAGGAGCGCGCCGUCGUCAGCUCUCUGCAGUACUUUAAAGCUCUAGUAGACAGACUGGGACUGGACAGACCUGGAGGAGAAAAACUAGUCUUGGACCAGUCCAUGGUGGGAGGUCUGUUGGGUGGAGCUUCCAAUAGGAUCCUGGAGGCAGUCCAGACUCUGGUCCAGCUGGAGCCUCAGCUGUUAAACAGUAAGACUGUCUCCGCCUGUCUCACUCGUCUCUACCGCUCUGUGGCUGGGCUGAUCCGCUGGGCUGAUCAGAGGAUGCUGCGGGGCGUCUCCCAGGACAACCAGGAGUCUUCAGAGAGCGUUACCACGGUGAUCAGGGGCAUCCUGAACAGUGCCAAGGAACUGGGACGACUGGUGGCAGAGAGACGAGAAGGUUCCGUCCCCUUGUCUCCAGUCCAACCACAGUCAGGAGGAUUCAGUGAGAAGGAGACAUCAGAGGGAACAUCUGCCAGCAGAGGACCUUCGGGGGACCAGGGGACGAAGACUGAGACAAAAAGGGAGGAGCCUCCGAUCUCAGCCCCACCCAAACCCCCGAUGCCCCUACAAGACCCCCCACCUGAAAACACCCCUACCCAGGGACAGACCUUCAGUCCUCCUGCUCUGCCUCCUAAGAAGCGUCAGACACCACUGGCCCCUGUCCCCGCCCACUGCAGGGUUGCCAUAGUUACACCAAUGAUACGGGAGCCAGAAGAGGAUUCGGUGGAGGAGCAGGACGACAGCUUCUGGAAGCGACUCUCUUCUUCUUCUGCUGGCUCUGCGGCCAACACCUCGCUCUAUGACGACGAUCCAGACUAUGACUUCCUGCACACGGACCUGUCCUCCUCGGAGAAGCUCCCCCCACUGCCCCCCGCCCUGCCAGAGAAGAGGCGUCGCAGCACCACAGGUGAGGACACACCUGUCUGUCCUCCUGCUCCUGUCCCUCCUUACAAGCCUUGUCUCCUCCUUGUAGGUACCACAGGUCUUCUCAAUACGUCCACCUUUGAGUUUGACUCCGCCCACGCAGAGACACCCUUAACCAAUAGUGAUGCCAUCAUAGACCCUGAUGUCCCCGUGUCCUCACCCCUGUCCCCCAGUAAGACGCCCCCUCCCCUCCCUGAGAAGAAACGACACAUCCAUCAGUACCUUCAGUUCUGUUCGUCCUACACCGACCAGUCUGCGCUUCUCCUCUAUCAGAAGUACAAAGUCAGGCAGCGAGGCCAAGACUCCACCCACCCACUGGUUUCCCAGACGACAGACUCCACCCCCUCUGUGGACCAGCUUCCUGCCCCAGCUCUACCACCAAAGAAGAAGCAGCAGGACCCAGACACAGAAACCGAGGAGAAGGAGGACAGGGUUCUGGAGAUCCAGCAGGGGGCGGAGCUCAGCCAGAGGAGCAGUGAGGAGGAGCUCCUACUGACCGAACCCGCUGAGAUCCUCCGAAGGAUCAGUCUGAAGUCUGAGGAGGAGGAGGGGCCAGAAGUGAAGGCUGCAUCACCUGAGAUCCUUUUGGUCCGAGCAACACAGUCCAGCAGCAGCGAACAGAACCAGUACCAGAAGGCCUUCCUCUGCACCUACAGGGGCUUCAUCAGACCCAGUGAUGUCAUCAGCAAACUGCAGCACAGAUAUCCUUAACCUUCCAGGUCCAACGGGUCAGAACCGGGUUCUGCAGCCAGAACCACCUUCAAGCUGCUGGUCAGGGUGGUGGAGGACCUUAGCGGCGUGGAGCUGGAGCCCGAUUUGCUGCAGCUGCUGAUGGACCUGGUGUUCAGCCUUCUGAUUGGUGGAGAGCUGGGGAUGGCCCACCAGCUGCACUUCAGCAUCCUGGCCAAGAUGGAGAAGAGAUGGAAGCUGAUUGGCUCCCCUCGGUCGCUCCGCCCCCUUGCUGCAAAGGGCGUGGCUGCCAGACCAGGAACUCUGCUGGACUUCAGGAGUCAGGAUCUGGCAGAACAGCUGACUCUGCUGGACUCUGACCUGUUCUGCAAGAUUGAGCUCCCAGAGGUCCUGCUGUGGUCCAAAGAGCAGAAUGAGGAGAGGAGUCCACACCUGACAGAGUUCACCCAGCACUUCAACAACGUUUCCUUCUGGGUUCGGUCUGUCAUCAUCCUUCAAGAUAAACCACAGGACAGAGAGAAGCUCCUGCUGAAGUUCCUUAAAGUCAUGAAGCACCUGAGGAAGCUGAAUAACUUCAACUCCUACCUGUCCAUACUGUCUGCCCUUGACUCCGCCCCCCUGAGACGUCUGGACUGGCAGAGAAGCACGUCUGAGAGUCUGGAGGAGUUCAGCUCCCUGAUUGACAGCUCCUCAUCUUUCAGAGCCUACAGAGCGGCGCUGGCUGAGGUGGAACCUCCCUGCAUCCCCUAUCUGGGGCUGAUCCUUCAGGACCUGACCUUCGUCCACCUGGGGAACCCGGACACCUGGACCAGCCCAGAAGGUCCAAAGGUCAACUUCUCCAAAUGUUGGCAGCAGUUUAACAUCCUGGACACUUUGAGGAGCUUCCAGCAGGUGUGAGUAGAACCUCUGAGUCUACAGGGUGACCUCCAGG